AUGUCGGAUGGUCAUAUGCAGAGGGUGCUGGGCACGGUUCCGACCGGUAGCCCCCAACCAUCACCACUGCCCUCCGUAUACGACCAUAUUCAGCGACAAGCUUUUUGCAGCGACCCGGAGGGUUGGGGCCCGGUCAGUUUGAAGGGAUUCUACCUCACCUCGUGCUUUGUCGAUGUGACCGUUGCCAUCGUUGCCGUUUGGGGCAUCUUAGCUGGUUUCGCGGCGUUAUGGCUGCUGUUGAAGAAGCGUACCGAGCAACCAGUUGCGAAGAAUUGGCAUUUCUACGCUAAAUUGGUUGUUCUUGCCGGUCUCAUCCUCGUCACGGGUCUUCAAGCUGCUUUGCUUGCCGAAAGCCAACCCAAGAACUUUUACGCCGAUUUCAGAUUCUGGUCGUCAAUCGCGGCGCUCGGGUCGCUGGGAGUGAUCUUCUCGGUUCAAUACUAUGAGCACUGGCGCAGUCGACAGCCCAAUGGUGUCGUCUUGUUUUAUUGGCUCUUCUUCAUCAUUGCAUACGCAAUCAAGCUGCAAUCUCUCGUCUCGCAGAAGACCUAUCUUCAAUUCCUGCCGUACUUUAUCUGCGUCAACAUCUCACUGGGUCUUUCGCUACUCGAAUUUGUCCUGGAAUACUUUAUUCCCAAGAAGCAGAGCGCGUAUGAUGCCCUUGGUGACGAAGAUGAAUGUCCGUACAACUACGCCGACAUCUUCUCGGUCCUCACUUUUGGCUGGAUGACUCCGAUGAUGAAAUUUGGCUACAAGAACUACUUGACUCAAGAUGAUCUUUGGAAUCUUCGGCGUCGCGACACUACCAGGGUCACACUAGAUGACCUGAAUACAGCAUGGAGGGAGGAGCUUGAGAAGAAAAGCCCCUCUCUAUGGCUCGCUUUGUUCAAAGCCUUUGGAGGCCCCUACAUGCGAGGUGCCAUCAUCAAAUCGGGAAGCGAUAUUCUUGCCUUUGUGCAACCACAACUCCUGCGAUACUUGAUCACUUUCAUCGAUUCGUAUCGGACCCCGACCCCGCAGCCCGUCAUUCGCGGCGUGGCCAUUGCUCUGGCAAUGUUCGUCGUCUCAGUCUGUCAGACCAGCUGCCUCCAUCAAUACUUCCAGCGUGCCUUUGACACCGGUAUGCGGGUGAAGUCAUCUCUCACUGCACUGAUCUAUGCCAAGGCUCUACGACUGUCGAGCGAAGGCCGCGCUUCAAAGACUACCGGUGAUAUUGUCAACCACAUGGCUGUCGACCAACAGCGGUUGUCGGACUUGACGCAAUUUGGAACCCAGCUGCUGUCGGCUCCGUUUCAAAUCGUCUUGUGUAUGGUGUCGCUCUACCAGCUCGUCGGCCUUAGCAUGUUCGCGGGCGUGGGUGUCAUGAUCCUCAUGAUUCCGCUUAACGGUGUCAUCGCAAGAUUGAUGAAAAAGCUUCAAAUCACUCAGAUGAAGAACAAGGAUUCUAGAACCCGCUUGAUGACGGAAAUUCUGAACAACAUGAAGAGCAUUAAGCUCUACGCUUGGAACACAGCAUUCAUGAACAAGCUCAGCCAUAUCCGAAAUGACUUGGAGCUCAACACCCUUCGCAAGAUCGGUGCAACGCAGAGUAUCGCAAACUUUACUUGGCAGUCGACCCCUUUCCUUGUAUCCUGCUCCACCUUCACGGUUUUCGUAUUGACUAGCGACAAACCACUGACUACCGAUAUUGUCUUCCCGGCUCUGACCCUUUUCAAUCUCCUGACAUUCCCGCUUUCUAUCUUGCCUAUGGUCAUCACCUCGGUUAUCGAGUCAACCGUGGCUGUCAAGCGCCUGGUGGAAUACUUCACCGCCGAGGAACUGCAAACCGAGAGCGUCAUCUACGAGGAUCCGGUGGAACACGUGGGCGACGAAUCUGUCCGUAUUCGAGAUGCCUCGUUUACCUGGGACCGUUACUCCUCAACUCCCGCUCUCAAGAACAUUGACUUGAGUGCUCGAAAGGGCGAGCUAAGCUGUAUCGUCGGUCGCGUUGGCGCCGGCAAAUCUUCUUUGCUCGAGUCAAUCCUCGGAGAAUUGUGGAAACUGCAAGGCGAGGUUGUCGUUCGUGGUCGGAUUGCAUAUGUCGCACAAUCACCAUGGAUCAUGAAUGCUAGUGUUCGAGAGAACAUUGUGUUCGGCCAUCGUUGGGAUCCCGCGUUUUAUGACCUCACGGUCGAAGCGUGCGCUCUGCUGGAUGACUUCAAGAUCAUGCCCGAUGGUGAUCAGACCGAGGUCGGAGAGCGCGGUAUCUCGCUCUCUGGUGGCCAGAAAGCUCGAUUGACUCUUGCUCGUGCUGUGUAUGCUCGGGCGGAUAUCUAUCUCCUCGACGAUGUCCUCUCUGCCGUUGACCAGCACGUCGGUCGUCAUAUCAUCAACAAGGUUCUCGGUCGCACGGGUAUCCUGAGUGGAAAGACAAGGAUUCUGGCAACCAACGCUAUCACUGUUCUCAAGGAGGCUGAUUUCAUUGGUCUUUUGCGCGACAAGACGAUUAUUGAAAAGGGCACCUUUGAGCAGCUGAUGGCCAUGAAAGGCGAAAUCGCAAAUCUUGUUCGCACGAACCUGGCUGAGAUGGAUGACGAUCAGUCCCCCAGUGUCUCGGAUGAAAGCCUUGCCAGUCCAGACUCAUCGGAAACGGCUCUGGUUGAGACUGGGGAGGGCUCUGACAGUGAAGAUAUGGAGCAACCGGGCUCCCUUGUCCCCAUUAGAAGCCGUGGCGAUGCUCGCCGAAGAACUAGCACGGUCACAUUGCGACGAGCAAGCACAGCGACCUGGCACGGCCCACGUCGCAAGCUUCAAGAUGAAGAAAAUGUGUUGAAGAGCAAACAAACCCAGGAGACUUCCCAGCAAGGAAAGGUCAAGUGGGGAGUCUAUGCUGAAUAUGCGAAGAAUAGCAACAUCAUUGCAGUCACUUUCUAUCUCCUGGCGCUCGUGGCUGCUCAAACAGCGCAGGUGCUCGCCAACUACUGGCUCAAGAACUGGACCGACUAUAAUGAGAUUCACGGCCGCAAUCAAAACGUGGGUAAAUUUAUCAGCGUGUACCUGGCCUUCGGUCUGGGCUCAUCUUUACUGGUGAUUGUGCAAAAUCUGAUCCUCUGGAUCUUCUGUUCCAUCGAGGCGUCUCGCAAACUGCAUGAGCGCAUGGCGCACGCCAUCUUCCGGUCCCCGAUGAACUUCUUCGAGACUACCCCAUCCGGACGUAUCCUGAACAGAUUCUCCAGCGACAUCUACCGUGUUGACGAGGUCCUCGCUCGUACAUUCAACAUGCUCUUCGCCAACUCCGCCCGCGCAAUCUUCACCAUGGUGGUGAUUUCUUCUUCCACGCCCGCCUUCUUAUUGCUCGUGGUUCCAUUGGCCUGGAUCUACCUCAGUUAUCAGAAGUAUUAUCUUCGAACUUCUCGAGAGUUGAAGCGUCUUGACUCUGUCACUCGCAGCCCCAUCUACGCGCAUUUCCAAGAAUCGCUGGGUGGUAUUUCAACCAUCCGCGCAUACCGUCAAGAGAACCGCUUUGCGCUUGAGAACGAGUGGCGCAUGGAUGCGAAUCUGCGAGCGUAUUUCCCAUCGAUCAGCGCUAACCGCUGGCUUGCCGUUCGUCUCGAGUUCAUCGGCUCUAUUAUCAUUCUGGCCUCGGCGGGACUCGCCAUCAUAGCUGUGGCAACCGGUAGUCCCCUCUCGCCUGGUAUCGUUGGUCUGGCCAUGUCCUAUGCUCUCCAAAUCACACAGUCGCUCAAUUGGAUUGUUCGUCAAACUGUCGAGGUGGAAACGAACAUCGUUUCAGUUGAACGUGUCCUGGAGUACGCCAACCUACCUAGUGAAGCCCCCGAUGUCAUCUUCAAGCGCCGACCUGCCGUCGGCUGGCCCGCUCAGGGAGCCGUUUCAUUCCAAAAUUACAGCACGCGAUACCGCGAGGGGCUGGACUUGGUCCUCAAGGACAUCAAUCUGGACAUUAAGCCGCAUGAGAAGAUCGGUGUUGUCGGUAGAACCGGCGCGGGUAAGAGCUCUCUAACACUGGCUCUUUUCCGCAUCAUCGAGCCGUCGAAUGGUACUAUCAGUAUUGACGGACUGGAUGUCACCUCAAUUGGGUUGUUCGACCUUCGAGGUCGCCUGGCCAUUAUUCCACAGGAUCCUGCCAUGUUUGAGGGCACCCUCCGUGAUAACCUUGACCCGCGUCACGUUCAUGACGACACAGAACUGUGGAGUGUCCUAGAUCAUGCAAAACUCAAGGAUCAUGUAGCCAGUAUGGAAGGUCAACUCGAUGCGCAAGUUCAGGAAGGAGGCUCCAAUCUCAGUCAAGGUCAACGUCAGCUCGUGUCUUUGGCGCGAGCGCUUCUCACACCCAGCAACAUUCUGGUGCUUGACGAGGCAACAGCCGCUGUGGACGUAGAGACCGACGCGCUGCUCCAGCGCACUCUUCGCAGUAACGUCUUCCAAGAGCGCACAAUCAUCACGAUUGCGCAUCGUAUCAACACCAUCAUCGAUUCGGACCGCAUCGUUGUGCUCGACAAAGGUCGCGUGGCCGAAUUUGAUACACCCGCCAACUUGAUCAAGUCCAAGGGCCGCUUCUACGAGCUUGCUAAGGAAGCAGGCCUGCUUGAUGGCGACGGCUCCGCUAGCUCCUCUGCGGGCGCCGCGUAA